UUGAUCUUAAACCAAAAGAGCAUAUUUUUACAUUAUUUGCCAUGUGAGUGACCAAUCAGUAGGGCCAAUUCCACAAAUGUGUCCAACUCAGCAUCUAUAUCAGCAAAUACCAAGUUGCAUUUGUCAGCUUACUAUCAACAAUACACUCCUCUUAUUACCAGAUCAAUAUUUAUGCACAUAUAUAUAACAAUCAUCAACCAAUUCAUGGUUAUGAAUAUUUCAGAUCAUAGGGAGUUUUCUUUAGUAUUCUCGAACUCGAACACAAACUCGAAUUCUAUUAUAUCUGCAGGAAAAGUAGAUGGCAACUGAAGCAGCGAUCAUUCAAGAACCUGUUUCCAUAGUGGAAAAAAUUGCAACUGAAUCAGUGAUUAUUCAAGAACCCAUUUCCAUAGUGGAAAAAAUGGCAACUGGAGCAGUGAUCAUUCAAGAACCCAUUUCAAUAGUGAAAACAGCAGAGAGCAAGCACUUGACCUUGGAAGUAGCUGCCGAUAAUAAGGGGAUCGAAACGGCACAUAUCAUCACUGAAGGCAAUACUGGAAUCUCUAAGGGUGAAAGUUUUUUAGUAUCACCUGAGAUUUCCAUGGUUGCCAAUGAGACCAGUGGAAUAUUAGAACACACAGAGGUGGAUGGCACUCCAUUUAAAGAAGAGAAGAUACUAGAGGACAAAGAAAAAACAGUGGUUCGUAUCGAAGAAGAGGACCGAACUCGAGACGGAAUUGAAAAGGGUGACAUGGAUCAUGGCAGUGAAGAACUCGAGAAACAAGCUUCAAUGGAUUCUCAUAAUCCAAUAGUGAACAACUUACCCUCAAUGGUAGCUGAAAGUGAAGAGGUUGCUUGCGUACAUGAACCUGAAGAGAACAAAUGCGUCAAUGGAGAAAAUGAUGCCAGCCAAGAUGAGAAUUUGUUCGAUACUUCUUCCAUCAAGAAAACCAAAGAGCUGCAUUCUCAAGCCUCUGAUAUCAGGAUGGAGAAUAUUGUUGAAGAGUGUACAAGAGAAGAAACUGGACAAUGUGAGAUUGAUGAGAAAACUGACCAAGAUUUCAGCACGUCAAAUGAAUUAUGUAAGGAUGAUGCAAACUCUGAAUCUGAAAAGGUUGCAGUGGACGCAAUACAGGCAGCAGACAAGGAGCUGGCCGUGACGGAGGCAUCAGAUGAAAUGGAAAUAGAUGAGGAAUCCGCAAUUGCAAUGCCUAAAGAAUAUGCUGAAGCAGAACAUGUUUCAACCCCAAAUGAGAAGCCUGCAAAUCCUAUGAAUGCAGUUUACAAAGAUGCAAAUAUUGACAUCUCUGGUGAAACUGCAGAAACAAGCACAAGCAUCGAAGAGGCAACAUCUGUCAAAGACCAUGAAGACAGAUCUGAGGGAGAUGGGAGGGAAACGAUGUCUGUUAAAGAGGUCCAUGAAGAAUCAGAAAUGGAGGCUCCAGGUACUGGAAAAGAAAAUCCGGAAACAAAGAAACAUCCAAUACCUGACAUCUCUGAUUCGUCAAUUACAGAUGAAAUUGCAGAGGAAAACAUGAAGCAAGUUGAAAGCAGCCUAAUGAAGUUGACAGAAGAGGCUACCAACUCGAAGGUCACGGAAAUGGACUCUAUAGAGCAAAGAGCAAAGCGAGAUAAUGAUCCAAGUCCAUUUGAUGAAAAGGAGUCAAAAGAAGAAACACAACAAACCCUCGAAGAGGACCUUGUUCGUGGCUCUUCGUUUGAGCUCAAGGAAUCCAGAAUGGACACUGAAGAAGAAACAUCAGUAAAAGAAGAUGAAGCAGAUGGGGAAAAGAAUGUUGUUGCGGUCAAAGAGAUUGGCCUAGCCACAACUGAACAUGACAUGGUCAGUGUAGAAGGUGCUAACAUUGAUGUGAAUUCAAUGGACUUCUCUGUAACAUGCGAGAAGAACGUGGAGGCUCCCAAACCCCAAGGAGAAGAUGGAAUGCAGGAUAAAAUUCCGAAUGCAGUAAGUGAAGAUAGAAUGGAGAUGACCACUGAGGAUGUUCCCUUGAAAGAAGUAAUAGGAGAUGAAGUUAAGGAACAUUCUACCAUUCCUUCAGAAGAAUACGAAACCACUGAAGAAAGGAAAAUAACAGAUGAAACUUUGGAAAAAGAUAGGGCGUAUAAGCACUUAGAAAAAAUUGCAGUGGACAUGGAAGUUGUACCAGACACAGACAAAAAGCCGGCAGUAACUGGGGCAUUAGAUGAAAUGAAAAGGGAAGAGGAAUCCACUGUUCUGAUGCCUGAAGGAAAACCAGAGGAAGAGAUCCCAAUCCAGCAGAAAAAUGAACCCGAAAAGGAGAUGCCUUCAUGUCCCCUGAAUGUAGUUCAUGAGGAUGUCAAUACUGCCGUCUCUCGUGAAACUACAGAAACAAGCACAAGCAUCAGAGAAAAAACAUCAGUCGAAAACCAUGAAGAAAGAUCCGAGAGAGAAGGGAGGGAAGACUCAUCAACCAAACACCAAAAAAAUGAAGUAAACCAGAAUACCAAAACUAUGGAACUUGAGAUUUCAAAUGACAAUGCUGAUGAUUUACAUGUUACUGAUUCAUCAGUUCAACAAUCAGCUGAAAACGAGUAUGAAAAGCAGUUUGAGUUCUCCGAUGUUCAACCCAAAGAACAAUUCAAUGAUGCAAUGGUUGCAGUCAAGGAGAAGGAAAAAGUUAGUGAAGAUGCCUCUAAAGCAAGUCAAAGCAGUGAUUACACAAUUCCAGAGCACAUAUUCACAGAAACAGCAGCAACAGAUUUAAAAUCUGAAACAAGUGAAAUGGGCAAUGAAAACACAAUGUUUGUAAAAGAGGCAUAUCACUUGAACUCCGGAAAUGGCUCAGAGUGCAGUGAAGCUUUAAACAACAAACACAAGGGGAUACAGCAAGAGCUAAAUGAUCACAUAGAAGAUAACUUGAAGCACGAAGAAACUAAAGAGGUCACUGAAAAGCUGGAACUGGACAACACAGUUGAGAAUGAUGGAAAACAAAUUCUAGAGGAAGACACCAACAAUGAUCAGAUUACACUUAAAGAGGCAUGUGAAGGAUCAGAAACGGAAGCUUUGGGUACAGCAAAAGAAGAAAUAACUCUAAUCGAAGUCAAAGAAGAACUUGUCUGCAGCUCUUCGUUUGAGCCCAAGGAGUCUAAAAUGGAUACUGAAGAAGCAACAGCAGUAAAAGAACAUAUUGAUACUGCUGAUUUGGACUGCACUUCACAAGCAGCGGAAAUGUUACAAACAAACUUAAAGGAAGCUAAAGCCGAAGCAGAAGACGACGAGAAAAAGAAUGAAAUAAAUAAUGUCGUUGAUGGUGAAGAUCAUGGGAAUGGUUUAGGAAGUGCUGACAUUGAUGCAAAAUCAGCAGAAUCGUGCAUGACAGGUGAGAAGGACAGAGAUAUUCCCCAAGAAGAAGAUAGAAUGCAGGAUAAAAUUCUGAAUGCAGGCAGUGAAAAUCAAAUGGAAAUGACAACCGACGAGAUUCUGUUGAAAGAUAUAUUAGGAGAUGAUGUUAAGGAACAUUCUGUUAUGCAUUCAGAAGAAAACGAUGCAACUCUCUUAGAAGUGAGGAAAUUAGUUGAUGAAACUUCUGAAGAAGAUCAAGCUCAACAAAAGCACUCAGAAAAUGUUGUGGUGGAUGUGAAAGUUGUACAGGUGACAGGCGAGGAGCUCGCUAUAACAAAGGGAUCGGAAGAAAUGAGAAAGGACAAAGAAUCCAUUGUUCCAAUGCCUGAAGGAGAAAUUAGUGAAGUAGAAAAUAUUGGUCUCGCACAGAAGAAUCAGGAGGGAAAUUCCAAGAAGGACGAAAUCCUAGAGGAGAGCUUCAAGCAAAAGAAUGAACCCGAAAAGGAGAACCGUGCAUGUCCUUGGAAUGCAGUUUCUGAGGAUGUCAAUACUGCCAUCUGUGCCGAAACUGCAGAAACAAGCACAGGCAUUGAAGAAGCAACACCAGUCAAAGACCAUGACAAGAGAUCCGAGGGACAAACGAGGGAAGACUCACCAACUGACCACCUACAAACUAAAGCAAGUCAGAGUAAUGAAACCGUGGAAGUUGAGAUUUCAAACGAGAAUGCUGAUGAUUUACAUGUUACUGACUCAUUCGUUGGACAACUAAUGGACAAUGAGCACGAAAAGCAGUACAAGUUCUCCGAUGUUGAACCAGUGGAAAAUGAAGCUUUAGAACACAAAGAAGAGAGUAUACAGCAGGAGUCAGAGAACAGAAGUGCACUACCAAAGGAUGCCAAGGAGAACGUAGAAGAUAACUUAAAUCAGGAAGAAACCAAAGAGGUUCAUGAAGGCUCAACAUUCAUUGUGAAGGAAGAAUGUGCUAUCAUCAAUGACUCACUGAAAGCUACAGAAGAAAAUGAAAAUGAAGCCACACCUGAAGUAGAGGUCUGUGAAAAGCUGGAACCAGACAACACAGUUGAGAAUUCCGAAAAACAAAUUCUAGAGGAGGAAGAUAACAAGAAGGAUCAGACAACAUUAAUGGCCGAGACGAUGGAUGAAAAAGCUAAAGAAGAGAAUACUGCAGCAGUGGUUUCGAUAACAGAGGAGUCAAAAGAAGAAAUAGCACCAAUAGAAGUGAAAGAAGAUCAUGUCCCUAGUUCCUCAGUUGAGCUUGGGGAGUCCAAAAACGAUACCAAAGAAGAAAACUCAGCAUCAUAUACAGCAGAAACCGAAGAAACAAAUAUAAAGGAAGCUGACUCUGAACUAGAAAAGGAAAAGAACCAAAAAUUUAAUGUUGUUGUCAUUGAAGAGAACAGCUCAGCAAGAACAGAACAUGAACAGAUUGGUGUAAGCAGUACUGAAAUUGAUGUGAAAUCAGGGGACUCAUACGUAACACAUGAGAAGGACAUGGAGAUUCCCAAAGAAGAAGAUGCAAUGCAGGAUAAAGUUCGCAAUGAAGAAAAUGAAGAUCAAUUGGAGAUGACCACCAAGGAGAUUCCCUUGAAAGAAAUACUAGGAGAUGAAGUGAAAGAAUACGAGGCCACACUCAUUGAAGAAAGGAAAAUAACUGAUGAAACUUCAGAAAAAGAUCAUGAUUUGUGUGAGCACUCAGAAACUCCAGUGCCACAAGUAACGGAUGAGAAAUUAAUUCGAAAUGAAGAUAAUCCGCUAGCAGAUGUCCCUAAAGCUGAGCCUGAAGAUACAGGAAACGAGAGUAGACAUGAAGUCAAGGAACAGUUGGCUGAGGAAUCUAAUCUAGAUGUCACCAAUGUCUCUACUGGUGAAGAACAUAGAGAACUAGAGAAUCAAACCGAUGCUUGCAAAGCAAAAACACUGCCAGCAGAAAAUUCAUCAGAUGUAGGACUAGAAAGGUCGAAAUUUGAAGAUGGAAAGCCGCUGGAUGAAACCAUGGAUUUGGAAGCAACCUUGGGUACUUGCAAGGAUGGCGAAAAGGCUACUGAAGAAGAGAAUUCAGCUAAGAACAUAGAAAAAACUGAAAGCUUGAAAGAAGAUGCUGAAAAAGAAAAAGAAAACCAGAUUCCUGAGAUGGUUACCCUGACUUAUAAUGCAAAGGUGGCAGACUAUAGUUCAGUCUCAACUGAAUGUUUCAUGGAAGCCGAUUCCAAAGAGCAGAUAGUUGCAGAAAACUUGGAGGUCAAAGAACAUUCAACCAAUGAUGGAGAAGCAUCCCACAUCACCAAAGAAUUAGAAGAAAUGGGACAGGCUGAAGAGUCCGGAGAUCCUGUAAGUCUGUGUAGCAAAGAUCGAGAAGCAGAAGAGAAAACCGAGGAGAUUAUUGAUGACUCGAAACCGUGUCAUGAGGAGAGUUGUAUUGAAGCUGUAACAGAAGUAACAGCAGAGACGAGCUUGAACGACACCGACAAGAUUGUAAAUGCAUCAAAUAUCAGCUCAGCCGAGACGACUGUAGGAAAUAUUAAGAGUGAUGCUCAAGAGACAGAAGCAGAGAAUGUGCAGCUUGAAGAGAUAUCCUUGGAAUUGGAUCCUGAUGUCCGAACUAAUGACAAUGAUGAAGUGCAAAAGCAGAACCUAAAUAUGGAAACUGUGGACAAGGAUGAAGCUGAGGUCACUGAAAAGCUAGAACCGGACAACACAGCUGAGAAUGAUGGAAAACAAAUUCUAGAGAAGGAAGACACCUACAAUAAUCAGAUUCCAAUUGAAGAGGUGUGUAAAGGAUCAGAAACUGCAGCUUCAGGUACAGCAAAAGAAGAGAGAACUCCAAUUGAAGUCAAAGAAGAACUUGUCUGUAGCUCUUCAUCUGAGCUCGAGCAGUCCAAGAUGGAUACUGAAGAAGCCGCCACAGUAAAAGAAUAUAUUAGUAAUGCUGAGUUGGACUGCACAUCACAAGCAGCAGAAAUGGAAGAAACAAACUUAAAAGAAGCUAAAGCUGAACCAGAAGAGGAAAAGAAUGAAAUAAAUAAUAUUGUUGAUGGUGAAAAUGAUGAGAUUGGUUUAAAAAGUGCAGACAUUAACGUAAAAUCCGAAGAAUUGUGUGUGACAAGUGAGGACAUCGAGACUCCCCGAGAAGAAGAUACAAUGCAGGAUAAAAUUCCGAAUGCAGGAAGUGAAAAUCAAAUGGAAAUGACCAUUGAGGAGAUUCCAUUGAAAGAGGUAUCAGGAGAUGAUGUUAAGGAAGGUUCGACUAUGCCUUCAGAAGAAAAUGAUGCAGCUCUCAUUGAAGAGAAGAAAAUAGUUGAUGAAACUUCAGAAGAAGAUCAAGCUCUAUACAAACACCCUGAAAAUAUGGUGGACGCAAAAGUUGUACAGGAGACAGAUGAGGAGCUGGCUAUAACAAAGGAAUCAGACGAAAUGAGAAAGGAAGACGAAUCCAUUGUUCCAAUGCCUGAAGUAAAAACUAAUGAAGUAGAAAAUAUCAGUUUCAUACAGAAGAAUCAGGAGGAAAAUUCCCACAAGGACGAAAUCCAGGAGGAGAGCUUCAAGCAAAAGAAUGAACCCGAAGAGGAGAACCAUGCGUGUCCUUUGGAUGCAGUGUCUGAGAAUGUCAAUACUGCCAUCUGUGCCAAAACUGCAGAAACAAGCACAAGCAUCGAAGAAGCAACAUCAGUCAAAGACCAUGACGAGAGAUCUGAGGGAGAAACAAGCGAAGACUCACCAACUGACCACCUACAAACUAAAGCAAGUGACAUUAAUGAAACCGUGGAAGUUGAGAUUUCAAACGAAAAGGCUGAUGAUUUACAUGUUAUGAAUUCAUAUGUUGGACAACUAGUGGACAAUGAGCACGAAAAGCAGUAUGAGCUCCUCAGUGUUCGACCAGUGGAAAAUGAAGCUUUAGAACACAAAGAAGAGAGUAUACUGCAGCAGUCGGAGAACUGCAGUGCACAGAAACAUGAACCAAAGGAUGCCAUGGAGAACUUAAAACAGGAAGAAACCAAAGAGGUUCAUGAAGGUCCAAUGUCGAUUGUGAAGGAAGAAUGUACUAUCAUUGAUGACUCACUGAAAGCUACAGAAGAAAAUGAAAAUGAAGCAUCACCUGAAGUAGAGGUCUGUGAAAAGCUGGAACCAGACAACACAGUAGCGAAUGCUGAAAAACAAUUUCUAGAGGAGGAAGACAACAAGAAGGAUCAGACAACACUAAUGACUGAGACGAAGAAAGAAAAAGCUAAGGAAGAGAAUACUGCAGCAGUGGUGUCAAUAACAGUGACGAGCCACACAAUCAUUGAGGAAACAGUGUCCAUAGAGGAAACAGCAAAGCAAAAUAACGAUUCUAGUCUGUAUGAUAUUGUACAGGAGUCAAAAGAAGAAAUAACACCAAUAGAAGUGAAAGAAGACCAGGCUCGUAGUUCGGAGUUUGAGCUCAAGGAGUCCAAAAACGACACCAAAGAAGAAAUCUCGGCAUCAUAUCCAGCAGAAACAGAAGAAACAGACAUAAAGGAAGCUGAAGCUGAAGCUGAUGCUGAUGCUGAAGCUGAAGAUGAAGCUGAUGCUGAUGCUGAUGCUGAAGCUGAAGCUGAAGCUGAAAGAGAAAAGACAAAGAACAAAAUCUAUAAUGUUGUUGUCAUCAAAGAGAACUGCUCAGCAAGAACUGAACAUGAAGAGAGUGGUGUAUGCAGUGCUGAAAUUGAUGUGAAAUCAGGGGACUCGUACGUAACACACGAGAAGGACAUGGAGAUUCCCGAACAAGAAGAUACAGUGCAGGAUAAAGUUCCAUAUGCAGGAAGCGAAGAUCAAUUGGAGAUGACCACCAAGGAGAUUCCCUUGAAAGAAACAUUAGGAGAUGAAGUGAAGGAAUCUGAGGCAACAUUCUCUGAAGAAAGGAAAAUAACUGACGAAACUUCAGACAAAGAUCAGGAUCAGCGUGAGCACUCAGAAACUCCUAUGCCACAAAUAACGGAUGAGAAAUUAAUACAAAGUGAAGAUAAUCCGCUAGUAGAUGUCCCUAAAGCUGUGUCUAAAGAUACGGGAAACGGAAGUGGACAAGUAGUCGAGGAACAGUUGGCCAAGGAAUCUAAUCUAGAGGUCACCGAUGUCUCUACUGUUGAAGAACAUAGAGAACUCGAGAGUCAAACCAAUGCUUGCGAAGCAAAAGCACUGCCAGUUGAAAAUCCAUCAGAUGUAGGACUGGAUAGAUCAAAAAUUGAAGAUGGAAAGCCAUUGGAUGAAGCUGUGGAUUUGGAAGCAACCUUGGGUACUCACAAGGAUGAUGAGAAGGCUACUGAAGAAGAGAAAUUAGCAAGGAACAUGGAGAAACCGGAAAGCUUGAAGGAAGAUGCUGAAAUAGAAAAAGAAAAUCAGAUUCCUGAGAUGGUUAUCAUGACUUAUAAUGCAAAGGUGGAAGACUACAGUUCUGUCUCAACUGAAUGUUUCAUGGAAGCAGAAUCCAAAGAGCAGAUAGUUGCAGAAAACUUGGAGGUCAAAGAACAUUCAACCAAUGAUGUAGAAUCAUCCCACAUCACCAAAGAAUUAGAAGAAAUGAGUCAGGCUGAAGAGUCUGGAGAUCCUGUAAGUCUGCGUAGCAAAGAUCGAGAAGCAGAAGAGAAAACCGAGGAGAUUAUUGAUGACUCGAAACCGUGUCAUGAGGAGAGUCGUCUUGAAGCUGUACUAGAAGUAACAGCAGAGACGAGCUUGAACGACACCGACAAGAUUGUAAAUGCAUCAAAUAUAAGCUCAGCCGAGACGACUGUAGAAAAUAUUAAGAGUGAUGCUCAAGAGACAGAAGUGGAGAUUGUGCAGCUUGAAGAGAUAUCCUCUGAAUCGGAUCCUGAUGUCCGAACUGAUGAAAAUGAUGAAGUGCAAAAGCAGAAUCUAAAUAUGAAAACUAUGGACAAGGAUGAAGCUGAGGUCGCUGAAAAGCUAGAACCGGACAACACAGUUGAGAAUGAUGGAAAACAAAUUCUAGAGGAGGAAGACACCAACAAUAAUCAGAUUACAAUUGAAGAGGUGUGUAGAGGACCAGAAACUGCAGCUUCAGGUACAGCAGAAAAAGAAAUAACUGUAAUCAAAUUCAAAGAAGAACUUGUCUGCAGCUCUUCAUUUGAGCUCGAGGAGUCCAAAAUGGAUACUGAAGAAGAAACAGGGGUAAACGAACAAAUCAAUACUGCUGAUUUGGACUGCACAUCACAAGCAGCGGAAACGGUAAAAACAAACUUAAAGGAAGCUAAAGCUGAACCAGAAGAAGAGGAAAUGAAUGAAAUAAAUAAUGUUGUUGAUGGUGAAGAUGAAGGGAUUGGUUUAGAAAGUGCAGAAAUUGAGGUAAAAUCAGUAGAAUCAUAUGUGACAAGUGAGAAGGACAUCGAGAUUUCCCGAGAAGAAGAUGGAGUGCAGGAUAAAUUUCCAAACACAGGAAGUGAAAAUCAAAUGGAAAUGACCUCCAAGGAGAUUCUGUUGAAAGAGGUAUUAGGAGAUGAUGUUAAGGAACAUUCUUCUAUGCCUUUGGAAAAAUAUGAUACGACUCUCAUUGAAGAUAGGAAAAUAGCCGAGGACACUUCAGAAGAAGAUCAAGAUCAACACAAGCACUCAGAAAACGUUGCGGUGGAUGUGAGAGUCAUACAGGUGACAGACAAGGAGCUGGCCAUAACAAAGGGAUUGUCUGAAAUGAGACAGGACAAGGAAUCCAUUGUUCCAAUGCCUGAAGUAAAAACUAGUGAAGUAGAAAAUAUUGGUGUCGUACAGAAGAAUCAAGAGGAAAAUUCCCACAAGGACGAAAUCCAGGAGAGCUUCAAGCAAAAGAAUGAACCCAAAAAGGAGAACCAUGUGUGUCCUUUAGAUGCAGUUUCUGAGGAUGUCAAUACUGCCAUCUGUGCCGAAACUGCAGAAACAAACACAAGCAUUGAAGAAGCAACAUCGGUCAAAGACCAUGACAAGAGAUCCGAGGGACAAACGAGGGAAGACUCACCAACUGACCACCUACAAACUAAAGCAAGUCAGAGUAAUGAAACCGUGGAAGUUGAGAUUUCAAACGAGAAUGCUGAUGAUUUACAUGUUACUGUCUCAUUCGGUGGACAACUAAUGGACAAUGAGCACGAAAAGCAGUACAAGUUCUCCGAUGUUGAACCAGUGGAAAAUGAAGCUUUAGAACACAAAGAAGAGAGUAUACUGCAGGAGUCAGAGAACAGAAGUGCACUACCAAAGGAUGCCAUGGAGAAAGUAGAAGAUAACUUAAAUCAGGAAGAAACCAAAGAGGUUUGUGAAGGCCCAACAUUGAUCGUGAAGGAAGAAUGUGCUAUCAUCAAUGACUCACUGAAAGCUACAGAAGAAAAUGAAAAUGAAGCCACACCUGAAGUAGAGGUCUCUGAAAGUCUGGAACCAGACAGCACCGUUGAGAAUACAGAAAAACAAAUUCUAGAUGAGGAAGAUAACAAGAAAGAUCAGACAUCACGAAUGACGGAUACGAUGAAAGAAAAAGCUGAAGAAGAGAAGAAUGCAGCAGUGGUGUCGAUAACAGAGGCGUCAAAAGAAGAAACAACACCAAUAGAAGUGAAAGAAGACCAUGUCUGUAGUUUGUCGCUUGAGCUCAAGGAGUCCAAAAAGGACAUUGAAGAAGAAACCUCGGCAUCAUGUGUAGCAGAAACAGAAGAAAAAAAGGAAACUGAAGCUCAUGCUGAAGUCGAAAAGGGAAAGAACGAAAUAAAUAAUGUUGUUGUCGUCGAAGAGAACAGCUUAGCAAGAAGUGAACAUGAAGAGAGUGGUGCAUGCAGUGCUGAACUUGAUGUGAAAUCAGGGGACUCUCACGUAACACACGAGAAGGACAUGGAGAAAGAAGAAGAUGCAAUGCAGGAUAAAGUUCCAAAUGCGGGAAGUGAAGAUCAAUUGGAGAUGACCACCAAGGAGAUUCCCUUGAAAGAAAUAUUAGGAGAUGAAGUGAAGGAAUAUGAGGCCACACACAUUGAAGAAAGGAAAACAACUGAUGAAACUUCAGAAAAAGAGCAGGGUUCCAGUGAGCACUCAGAAACUCCUGUGCCACAAAUAACGGAUGAAAAAUCAAUUCUAACUGAAGAUAAUCCACUAGUAGAUGUCCCUAAAGCUAAGCCUGAAGAUACAGGAAAUGAGAGUAGACAUGAAGUCGAGGAACAGUUGGCGGAGAAAUCUAAUCUAGAGGUCACCGAUGACUCUAGUGGUGAAGAACAUAGAGAACUAGAGAAUCAAACCGACGCAUGCGAAGCGGAAACACUGCCAGUUGAAAAUUCAUCAGAUGUAGGACUGGAAAGAUCAAAAUUUGAAGAUGGAAAGCCAUUGGAUGGAGCCAUGGAUUUGGAAGCAACCUUGGGUACUAGCAAGGAUGACAAAAAGGCCACAGGAGAAGAGAAUCUUGCUAAGAACAUAGAAAAACCGGAAAGCUUGAAAGAAGAGACUGAAAUGGAAAAAGAAAAUCAGAUUCCUGAGAUGGUUAUCACGAAUUAUAGUGCAAAGGUGGAUGACUACAGUUCAGUCCUAACUGAAUGUGUCACGGAAGUCGAGACCAAAGAGCAGAUAGUCGCAGAAAAUUUGCAGGUUGAAGAAUAUUUAACCAGUGAUGGAGAAGCAUCCCACAUCACCAAAGAAUUUGAGGAAAUGAGACAGGAUGAGGAGUCCAGAGAUCCUGUAAGUCUGCAUAGCGAAGAUCGAGAAGCAGAAGAGAAAACUGAGGAGAUAAUUGAUGACUCAAACAUGUCUUAUAAUGAGAGUCGUAUUGAAGCAGUAACAGAAGUAAGAGAAGAAACGGUUGGCAACCUAACCCAGGACCAUGAGCUUGUAGAGACAAAGAGUGAAGCCUCCAAAACGUCAAAAGCUGAGCUACUGGGGGAAAUAGAUCAUAUGGGUUCCCCUAAAACAGUUUUAGAAGUAAAACUUGAGGAGCAAAUUCAAACUUCUUAUUGCUCAUUGCUUUCUGAGACUGAAGCAAGUCCUGUUGAAAAGAUCGAAGAAGAGAUGCAGAAGGAUGAUGAAAUAAAACAAGAGUGUCGAGGAGAUUCAUCUGAAACAAAGACAAUAGAAGAGGUAUGCUUGUCAAAUGAACAAACAGAACUUAAAGCAGUCUCAGAAGAAGAAACUAUUGCUGAUCAGGCUUCUCUAACUGAUGGACCAGUGGAGCAAAUUCAAACAACAUCUUCAACAUUACCUUCUGAGGAAAGUGAGCAUGGAACCAGAGACAUCAGUGAGGCGAUAGAAUAUGGAAAAACAAAGGGAGAAGUACCCACUAAACCAGAUGUUCUUACAGGAGGUGUAGUAACUGGUGAGCAGACUCUCUCAGGUAAUAAACCAAAGGAGGGCCCAAUAAGCACUCCAUUGGUUUUUGAGGAAGACAAUGAAGAAAAUAUACGCAUAGAAGAAGAGAAAAUAUAUGAAGCAAACAUGAUUCCAGACAAGAUUUCAGAAGAUCUUUCAGUUGCAGAUACAACGACAGAGAUAUGCCUGGAAAAAGAAGAAUUUCUCGAGCUUGAUGAUGGUAAAAAUGAUGACACUGAAAAAGAAGAUGAGAAAACAAACGAAGGGGAGCUCAUAAGAAACGAGAUUCAAGAAGAUGCUAAGGAGGAAAAGACAGCAUUAAAGAUACGCUCACAAACCGAAAGGUCUGUCAAACCAGAAGCUGUUGCAGAAGAUGAAAUGACAGUCAGUGAGACUCUCACUGAGAAGACAUCAGAUGAACAGAUUCAGAAUCCAACCUCUGCACUGCCUUCAAAGGAAGAGGAAUGUGAAAGAACUAUAACAGAUGAGAUGAUAGAAAGUGUGAAAACACAAGAUUAUAAUGAAGAAGAUGCAUCCUUGCAGAAGGACCGGCUUCAAGAGGAUGAAGCUCUUGCAGUAGAUGACAAUGCUUCUUCAGAAGUGAUCCAGACAGAAAAACACAAAGAUCUUCCAAAUCCUGCUGACACAUUGCCAACAGAUCACAUUCAUCUUACAACCUCUAUGCUGCCAUCUGAGGUCCAAGGAGAUGAAAGGAAGGAAACAGAACUGGAAGAAGAUGAGAAUACCGACAAGAUUCCAGAACAAACAAGGGAGAUUGAGGAAGCUUCCGAUUUCAAUAAGGAGAUACAUGAAAAGGCUUCCGAAAAUGAGUUCCUAAAUGAAACAGAGGAUGCUGCAAUCCACAAGAAACUUGUCAAAGCAAGAACUGAGACAGGGGAAAUCAUAUUGAAUGAAGUUUCAACAGAAAAGGUCAUCUUGGAAGCUCAAAAGACCAGUGAAAAUGAGAAUCCAAUAGAAGAUAAAACUGUUGAGGAUCCAGUCCAAGCUUCAGAUGCCAGGAUUGAAACCGCAACAGCAACAGAAGAGACUGUUGAGCUAGCACUAGCAGGUUCUGAAGAAAAGCCCGAAUCUGACUCAGAACCAGUGGCUGAAGACCAAAGCAAGGAACCAAUCCCUGAAGACACCAAGAACCAAGAUGACGAAACCAACACCGAUGCCCAAAAUAAAGAAACUGAAAAUCAAAUAAAAGAGGAACAGAAAGACAAACUUAAGGAUGAAGACAGUGUUAACAAAGACAAAAACACAAAUAAGGCUGAUGGUGGUGAAGAUACUAAAGAACAGGUCAUGGAGGAAGAAAGUAGCACAAAUGAACCUGAAGCCAUGUUGGAAGGUGAAACAAUUAUUAGUGAGGUUAUAUCCAAGGAAUCGGAGGAGCAUGGAGCUGUUAUAGAAGAACAGAAAAUAAAAGCAGAAUCAUUUGAAGAUGAAGAAAGCUCACAAUCAAAGAGCACAAAAGAGCUUCAAGAUGCCUUGGAAGAUAGAGCAGCUGCAGUUCAUAUUGUUCCAGGUGAGACAUCAACAGAUAACCUUCAUUCUACAACCUCUACAUUGCCUUUUGAGGUCAAAGAAAAUGAAACAAUGGAAACAGAACUGAAAGAAGAAGAAAGUACAGAGAAUAUUCAAGAACAAACAAGAGAGAUAGAGGAAGUCUUAAAUUUCAACAAGGAGACAUGUAAAAGGGCUUCUGACAAUGAAUUACUCACUGAAACAGAAGAUGCUGCCAACGAAAAGAAAAUUGUCAUAGCAAGAGAUGAGACAGAGGGUGAAGAACAUCAAUGCAAGAAAACAAUUGAAGGAAAUGAAAUCACGGUGGAUAAAGAUUUGGACAAAGAGGUUAUGGAGAACAAGGAAGUUACUGAAAUAUCUUAUUCAACUUCCCAUUUGGAAGAGAUGAUCAAAGAUGGCUCUGGAGAAGAGCUGAAGGAUAAACUGGUUGAAGACAAGAAACAUGAAGAGCUCAUUGCGGAAACUCAAAAGACCAGUGGAAACGAGAUAAUUGAAAACCAGAUCGAAGAUAAAACUGUUGAGGAUCCAGGCCAAGCUUCAGUUGUCAAGAUUGAAACCACAUCAGUAACAGAAGAGAAUGUAGCAAUAGCAGGUUUUGAAGAAAAAUCAAAAUCUGAAACAGAAGCAGUGGCUGAAGAUCAAAGUAAGGAAACAAUCCCUGAACACACCAAAAGCCUAGAUGAUGAAAUCAGCAUUGGCGUUCAGAAUCAAGAAACUGAAGAACAGAUAAAAGAGGAACUGAAAGACAAACUGGAAGAUGAAGACAGCAUCAGCAGUGAACAAAACACAAACGUAGUUACGAAGGCUGUAAUUUUGUCUGAAGAGGUUGAUAAGGAAGUUGAGAAAGUCGAUGGUAUUAAAGAGAUUAAAGAACAUGUCAUGGAGGAAGAAAGUAGCACAAAUGAACUUCAUCCGGUAUCAAAAGGAGAUGAAGAAACUAAUGAGGUCAAAGACUACAGUGCAGUCUCAACUGAAUGUAUUAAGGUAGCUGCGUCCAAAGAGCAGAUAAAAGCAGAGGUUGAAGAAAAUUCGACCAACGACAAAGAAGGAUCCGGCGUUACGAAAGAAAUAGAAGAAAGGAGACAGGACGAAGAUUCCAGAGACCCAAUAAAGGAGCACGGUGAAGACAGAGAAGAAGAAAAAAUCGAGGAGAUUAUUGAUGACUCAAAAUUUUGUCAUGAAGAGAGUCCUAUUGAAGCUGUGACAGAAGUAAUAGCAGGGACAAGCUUAAACAACACUGAGGUGAAUGAGGAGCUUGAAAAUACAGCAAAUAUCAGUUCAGUCAAAAUGAGUUUAGAAACCCUUGAAAGUGAUUCUAAUCAAGAGACCAAAGAAAUAGAGAAGGUGCAGCUUGAAGAAAGAUCCUCCAACUUGGCACCAGAAGCCCCAACUAACAACAAUGAUGAAGCAGAGAUUACCGAGAGAGAUCUCAAGGCAUUUUACAUGCCCAAAGAUCAGAUUGUUGAAGCCGAGAAUGGCCUAAGUGUGGAAAAGUUGGAAGAAGUAACUGGUGAGCAGAUUCUUGAGACUAAAAUACCAAAGGAGGGGACCACAAGCUUUCCAUUGGUUUCUAAGGAGGAGGAAGAAAAUGUAAGCUCGGUUAAGAAGAUAGAAGAAGAUAAAUUAAGUGAAGCAGACACUUCAGAGAAUAUCUCAGAAGAUUCUUUUAAUGCAAAGGAAGUAGCAGAGACAUGUUCAGAAAAAGAAGCAAUCCAGGAGCUUGACGAUGCCAAGAAAGAUGAAGCUGCCACUGCUCAAUGUCCCCAAGUGGAGGAAUCAAGUGAGCAAUCUUUGCCUUCAGAAUUGACUGUUGAGAACCCAAAGCGUGGAGCUGAGGCCAGUGAAGAAGAGGAAGAAAAGGUGAAGGAAGUGGAAAUUCUCGAAAAGGAAAGACCUCAGGAGCCUGAAGCUGUUAUGGAUCAAGAAACCAUUAUAGUUCAGGCUUCAAUAACAGAGGAAUCACAAAAGAUUGAAGCAAACGAAGAGAAAAGGAAAGAAGCCAAAAAGCUUGACGAUGGGAACCGUGAAGACUCGUCAGCUGGAGAAACAGAAAAGCUAAAUGAGCUUCAAUUAGUUACUAGAGAAGAAAUUGCUUCUGGUCAGUCUUCCUCAGAAUUGACUGAAGAGAACCUAAAGCAUGGAGCUGAGGCCAAUGAAGAAGAGGGGGAAAAGGUGAAGGAAGUGGAACUUCUCGAAAAGGAAGGACCUCAGGAGCCUAAAGCUGUUAUAGAUCAAGAAACCAUUAUUGCUCAGGCUUCCUUAACUGAGGAAUCACAAGAGAUUGAAGCAAACAAAGAAAAAGGGAAAGAAACUGAAAAGCUUCACAAUGGGAACCAUGAAGACUCAUCAGCUGGAGUAACAGAAGAGCUAAAUGAGCGUCAGUUAGUUAAAAAAGAAGAAAUUGCUUCUGAUCAGUCUUCCUCAGACAAGCAACUUUAUAUUUCAGCCACUGCUAUAACUAGUGAAAUGCUAGAGCAUGAAAAAAAGGAGAAAGAAGAUGAGAAAACAAACGAUAGGCAAAUCAUAAAAGAUGGGACUGAAGAAGAUGCUUCAGAUGCAAGGACAACAGCAGAGAUAUGCUCACAAAAGGACAGCUCUGUCAAGCUAGAAGCUUUUGCAGAAGACAAAGCAACUGCUGGUACAGCUGAGAAGAUAGAAAGUGAGAAAAAAGGCGAAGCAGAAUUCUCACAAGAUAAUGGAGAAGAUGUGAUCUUACAGAAGGAACUGCUUCAGGAGGAUGAAGCUCUUGCAGCAGAAAAUAAUACUUCGUUGCAGACUAUUCCAACAGAGAAACCUGAGGAGAAGAUUCUCAAUCCUGAAGAAGAGAAUAUGAAGGAAGAAGAAACGAAAAUUGGAGAAAUUGAUGGAGUAAAGACAGUGGAAGAGAUAAGCACAGAAAAGGAUGAGAUAAAGGAGGCCAAACCUGUGCGGGAAGUUGGAACUGAUCACCUUCAUAUCACAACAUCUGCACUGCCUUCUGAGGUCCAAGGAGAUGAAAUGAAUGACAUGGAAUCGAAAGAUGAGAGUCCCGAGAAGAUUCAAGAAAAACCGGGUGAGGUUGAGGAAGCCUCAAAUUUCAAAGCGAAUACAUGCGAAAAGGCUUUAGACAAUGAAUUACUCACUGAAAUAGAAGAUGCUGCAAUCAAAGAGAAUCUUGUCAAAGCAAGGGAUGGGUCAGGGAGUGAAGUAAACCAGUGUGAGAAAACAAAUGAAGGAAAUGAAAUCCCAAUGAAUGAAGUUUCGAUAGAACAGGUCAAAAAGAACAAGAAAGUUACUGAAACAACUUAUUCAACUUCCUGUUCGGAAGAGCUGAUCAAAGAUGGCUCUGGGGAAGAUGAAGUAAAGGAAAACCCGACUGAAGGCAAGACAUAUGGAGAGCUCGUUCAGGAAGCUCAAAAGACCAGUGAAAUUGAGAUAAUUGAAAACCAGAUUGAAGAUAAAACUUUUGAGGAUCCAAGCCAUGCUUCAGUUUCCAGGAUUGAAACUAUAACAGUAACAGAAGAGAAUGUUGAGCCAGCACUAGCAGGUUUUGAAGAAAAGCCCAAAUCCGACUCGGAACCCGUGGCUGAAGACCAAAGUAAUGAAACAAUCCCUGAAGACACCAAGAGCCAAGAUGAUGAAACCAGUCAAGAAAUCAAGGAACAUAUUACAGAGGAACUGAAAGACAAACUGAAGGAUGAAGACUAUAUUAACAGAGAAGAAAAUGAAAACAAGGUUACCAACGUUGUCGUUUUGUCUGAAAAGGUUGAUAAGGAAGUUGAGAAAGCUGAUGUUAGUGAAGCCAUCAAAGAACAUGUCAUGGAGGAAGAAAGUAGUACAAAUGAACUUCCUCCAGUAUCAAGAGGAGAUGAAGCAAAUAAGGCAAAAGACUACAAUUCAGUCUCAACUGAAUGUAUCAAGGAAGCUGAGUCCAGAGAGCACACAGAAGCAGAACAAACAGAGGUUGAAAGAAAAUCAACCCAUGACAAAGAAGGAUCCCACAUUAUAGAAGAAUUAGAAGAAAGGAGACAGGGUGAAGAGUCCACAGAUCCAGCAAAAGUGUCCAGUGAAGAUAGAGAAGCAGAAGAAAAAGCUGAGAUUAUCGAUGACUUGAAACUCUGCCGUGAAGAGAGUCAUAUUGAAGUUGCGACAGACUUAGCAGCACAGAUGAACUUAAACGAUGCUGUGAAUGAGGAGCUCAUAAAUACAUUGAAUAUCAGCUCAGUCAAGAUGGGUCUAGAAACCAUUAAAGAUGAUGCCAAUCAAGAGACUAAAGAAGUAGAGAUGGGGCAGCUUGAAGAUAUAUCCUCCGACUUGGCACUUGAAGUCCCACUUAAUGACAACAAUGAAGUGGAGGUAAUCAAGAGAGAUGCUGAUGCACUUUACAUGCACAAAGAUCAGGUUGCUGAACCUGAGAAAGGCCCAACGGCAGAACUGGAAGACAAUAAAACUGAAGACAUUGAAGGAGUACCUGAAACAUCAUCUGAUUACAUCUCUCAAAGAGUUGAAACUAUUCUCAUCGAUGAUAUUGGUUCAACCAAUACUCUUCCAGAAGAGAAACCAGAUGAGCAACUUCAAAGUUCUGCUUGCACAUUGCUUUCUGAGGGUGAAAAUAUCAGAAUUGCAAACCCGAUUGAGAAUAUUAAAGAAGAGAUCCAGAAGGAUGCUGAAAUAAAACACGAGAGCCGAGAAGAUUCUUCUGACACAAAGAGAAUAGAAGAGGUACGCUUGCCAAAUGAAGAACAAGGAGAGCUUAAAGCAGUAGAGACAAUUGCUGAUGAGGGUCUUCCUAAUGUGGAACCGGAGGAGAAAAUUCAAACUACAUUUUCAACAUUGGCUUCCAAGGAAAGCGAACAUGGAACUGGAGCCAUAAAUGAGGAGAUAGAAUAUGGCAAAACAAAGGAAGAAAUACCCACAAAGCUAGAUGCUGUUGCAGGAGAUGGAAUAACUGGUGAGCAGACUCUUGAGACUAAUAAACCAGAGGAGAAGACUACGAGCUCUCCAUUAGUUUCGGACAAAGAAGAAAAUGUGAGCAAAGCUGAAAAGAUGGAAGAAGAGAAAAUAAAUGAAGCAGACAUUAGUCCGGACAAGAUUUCAGAAGAUCCUUCUGAUGCAAAGAAAAAAGCUGAGACAUGCUUAGAAAAACAAGAGUUUCAGGAGCUUAAUGAUGCAACAAACGAUGAAACUGCUGCUGCUCAAGCUCUUCAAAUGGAGGAAUCAAAUGAACAAUCUUUGUAUUUAGAAUUCCCUGUUCAGAACCCAAAGCAUGAAGCUGAUGCCAGCAAAGAAGAAGAAAAGGUGAAGGAACCUGAAAUGCUUGAAAAGGAAGGACCUGGUGAGCCUGAAACUAAGGAGACAGAAGAUGAGAAAACAAGCGAAGGGGAAAUCAUAAAAGACAAGACAGAAGAAGAUGCUUCUGAUGCACAGAUUACAGUAGAGAAAAGCUCACACAAGCGAAGUUCCAUUGGGCUAGAAGCUGUCAAAGAAGAUGAAAUGACUGCUGGUACAGCCGGGAAGAUAGAACGUAAGAAAAUGGAGGAAGCAAAAUUCUUACGAAGUGAUACUAGAGAUGAUGUGACCUUGCAAAAGGAACAGCUUAAGGAGGAUGAAGCUCUUGCAGUAGAUGAUAAUGCUACUUCUCAGACUACCGCAACAGAGAAACCCAAGGAGCAAAUUUCAAAUUUGGUUGCCACAUUGCAAUUUGAGGAGUAUAAGCACAAAACUGUUGAUGAAGUUGGCAAUACCGAGGAGGAGGAUAUGAAGGAAAAAGAAACUGAAAAUGGACACAUUGAUGGAGUAAAGAAAGAGGAAAAGUUAAGCCAGGAAAAGGACAAGAUAAAGGAAGCCGAAGCCAUUUUGAGAGGUGAAACUAACCACCAUCAUAUCACAACCUCUGUAUUGCCUUCUGAGGUCCAACGAGAUGAAACAAAUAAAACAGAAUUUAAAGAAGAUGAGGGUCACGAGAAGAUUCCGGAACUAAAAGGAGAGGUUGAAGAAACUUCGAAUUUCAAAAGGGAGAUACAUGAAAAGGCUUUUGACAAUGAACUACUCAACGAAGAAACAAAAGAUGCUGCAAUCAAAGAGAAUAUUGUCAAAGCAAGAGAUGGGACAGACGGUGAAGAAAAUCAGUGUGAGCAAACAAAUGAAGGAAAUGAAAUCAUACUGAAUGAAGUUUCAAAAGAAGAGGUUGCAUCUUAUUCGACUUCCCAUUCAGAAGAGCCGAUCAAAGAUGAGGCAAGAGAAAAUGUGGGUAAGGAUGAACCGAUUGAAGACAAUACAUUUGAAGAGUUCAUUGUGGAAGCUCAAAAGACCAGCGAGAAUGAGAUAAUUGAAAAGCAGAUCAAAAAUGCAGUUGUUGAGGAUCGAGGCCAAGCUUCAGCUGUCAGGAUUGAAACCACAAUAGAAUCAAGCUCCAAAAUAUCCAUUGCAGAAGGCAAUCAAAUACUCAAUGAUAUUCAGCAGACGGAUGAAACAACAAAGACAGCAUCUGAUAAGCAGAUUCCAAGGGAAUUUGAUCAUAUUGAGAACAUGGAGAUAACAAGUUUGGUCGUCAGGAAAUAUGUUCGGAUAGAUUUGCAGGACAGAGUUGAUCCGCAAAAGGCUGAAAUCGGAGAUGUCAAAGAGAUCUAUUCAGGAGGAAGAGAACAUGCUGGAGAAAAAACAGUAAAUAAUUCAAGUGAAGAAAUAAUCAAGGAGUCUGUAUCCAUGGAAGAUUUGACUAAGAUAUCAUCAUCUGACCAUGUCGAAAACUUCACGAAAGGAACUUCACAAUUGACUCGAGACACGAUUGAGAAAGAAGCAAAAGAUGAAACUGAUGCUUCCCGAUUUCUUCUUGUGGACAAACAAGAGAAUAAAUAUCCAGCUCCAGUAGAUGCAGGAGAAGAAAAAGAACAGAUGGAAGUGGAAACUCAAGAUAAAGAUUCCUCAGAUAUGAAGAUUGGAGACAAUAUAUGCUCGGAGCAGGAAGAAAACAAGGAGCUAAAAUCUGUUGUGGAGGAGAAAUCUAUAGUUAUCCAACCUCCACAAACAAAGAUCAAUGAGGACCUGAUUUCUCAUUUUGAAGAUGGCAGCAAAGAAGAUGAACAUACUGGAAACAAAACAAAAAAAACCUUCGAAGUCCCAACAUAUGAAAUUCAAAAUGAAAAGCCCACCUUGGAAACUCCAAAGGAUGCUGCAAGAGACAAUAUCAAGAAAGAGACCGUUGCUAAAGAUGAAACUGUGAAGGAUGACAUGAAAGAAGCCACUAUAGUAGAGGAGAUUCCAGGAGAGAAAGAUCCUAUUGAGUGCAAAAAGACAACAAAUUCAAUUGGCAAGCAACAGUUUCCAACAGAACAGCAGGAUGAAGCUUCUGAAACCUCAGACAAAAUUGUAGUUGGAGAUUUGGAACCUAGAAAUGCUCAAGAGAUAUAUUCAGAAGCAGGACCCGAUAAUGGAAAAGAGAAAAGACCAGAGAAUGAAGGUGCUGAAAAAUCUGAGGAACCUGAAUCAGAGGAUUCAGCUAAGCUAUCAUUGUAUGACCUACUCCAAAGAUCCACAAGAGGAUUACAAGGAGCUAAAAAUGUGAUUGAAGAAAAGGAAAUAGUGGUAAGCAAGGAAGAACCACCAGAGGAAGAAGCCAAAACAGAUGAAGAUGAAGGUGAUGAAAACAGUAAGACAGAACCCGGUAUUAAACCACAUAAAAAAUCUCAUAACAUACUGUCAGGUGUUGGAUCGAAAGUGAAGCAUUCGAUUUCCAAGAUGAAGAAGGCAAUUACUGGUAAAUCAUCUCAUUCAAAAGAAUCGAAACCAAUAUCACCAAAGGAGAGCAAGAAAUGAAGAUUAUCCAAAUCCAAUUGUGUCAAUCAACAAAGAAUCACGUAUGCUUAGGUGGUUUCUAAUAAUGGUUUCUUUUCAGUCAAAUUGUUUUAUGUUCAUGGCAUUGUUUGUUUAAGCUUGGAGUGUUUUUACAGCAUAUUGAGAAAGUGGUGUUUCUAGUUACUUUUUCAUGAAAAUACUGGGAGAGUAAACAGAACUGUAAAACGGGAGUAUUACGAAGUCGCAAUAUUUCUAAGCUUGCUAUAAUCACAUUUAUGCCGAUCAGUUUGUUCAUUGAA